AAUCGUACGUCCAAGAAGCAUCGUGCGAGCGUUGUUACGGUUUACCCACACGCAGCAGCCGGCGGCAAAGUGCACAAGCGGUCUGACUGUCCCCUCUAUCCGCCACAACUUACAGGAAGUGAAGUAGCGGGAAAUGCCGAAGUCUUUCCUCGUGAAGUGUCGGAGCUCCCUUCGGGAGGGCCCGCCGCCAGUUUACCCGGACACAAGCUACUUUUCAGUUCAGCUAUCCCCACCCCCGGGAGCCGUCGCUACUUUCGAGUUCCAAUCUACCUCUGGCAGCACAUCAGCGCAUGCGCAGCAAACCGUCCCACCAGAGAGCUCCAGCUGUGCGUCCGAGAGCGCCGCCCUACCGGCAGAGGGAUCUAAGAAAAUCUCCCCAGCCAAGACAGAGAACAACCGAAAGACCAGUAAACCCGUUGCCAAGGUUACGGGGACACAGUCUACCGCUAAAAAUGAGCGAUCCGCCAACCACACAAAACCACUCAACGAAGCUCGCCCCUUCGUCUGCGCUCUCUGCGGCAAGGACUUCGCCGUACAGCGCAUGCUCAACAGACACAUGAAGUGCCACAGCGCCACCAAGCGGUACAAGUGCGAACACUGCCCCAAGGGGUUCAACGACACCUUCGACUUGAAACGUCACGUGCGCACACACACGGGAAUCCGGCCGUACAAGUGUGAGGAGUGCGGGAAGGGGUUCACCCAGCGGUGUUCCCUGGAGUCUCACUACAAGAAGGUGCACGGACUCACUCUCAGCUACGGCUACAAGGAACGCAGGGAGAAGAUCUAUGUAUGUGAAGAAUGCGGGCACGCCACCAUGAGCCCUGAGGAACACCUGGAACACCUGAAACAGGUGCACCCGGAGAACCCCGGCCUCAACAAGAGCUUCGAGAGGAAACACCUGCUGAAGAAACAGACGGACGACUCGAAGGACGAAACCGCGUCAACUCCAGGUGACGCGGAAACAGAUAGCGACGACAGCACGAGUGACAAAAAAGAAGAGGGUAAAAGAAAGGACAAUGGAAAACAGAAACUGCCAGCGGCGAAGAGGAUACGGGCGGAAACAGCCGCGUGAGAUUUCUAAAUAUACAAGUGACAUUGUUUCAAGAUUUACGUUUGAGUUCAUUCGACAACUCAUUUACAAUUCCACCGAUAUGUAGCUGUUAUAAUCAACUUUUCUUUUGUCAAAUUGUGUAGAUAUCAUUAUACAUAUUCUUGCCAUGUUGAAAAAAAGGUUGUCUGUUGACUUCUGUUCGUCAGUAAUUUACACAAGACGUCACAGCCAAAAUAUGUGAUAGAACCGUGUCAAACCAACUCAUCUUUACAAUCAAAGUUGUAAGGGAAUUGGAAAUUAUCCACCGAAGGAGUUAGCCAUAAUAUUUCAUUUACUAUAUGAAGUUACGUUUAAACUUGAUCGUCGCUAUCUCAACAUUAUUCUUGGAAAGUUGUGAGCUAUCCGGAACGCAAUGCAUGCUGGGGAUUUUGUAGUGUCAAAGGUUAAGUCGGUAGUGCAUUGUGGGAAUGCUUACUUCCAUGAAGUAAAAGAGCUGCAUAUCAAUUUUCGUCAUGCAGGGUUGGGGACAUUCUAUUUUCUUAUAUCAGUUCUAGGUACUGGUUAUGCUGCUUCUAAAAUAUAUAUACUUGAGAAGGAACAUUAACCACAGAACGUCUUGCACCAAGUUUGAAUAAUAGUAUUUCUAAAACCUUUAGUUAACAUGUUGCCAUAUAUUUGUAACGCCAAAAAUAUGAAAAGAUGAAUAGUUGACGCAAAUUUGAGCGAAUAUACGUGUAACACUAUAUCAAGGCUUCAACAUAUCCCGGGCAAUGCAGGGCGUAUCUAUGGGCGUAUCAGACUGGUGUAUUUGGACGGUAGAUUUUCAUAGUUUGAUAUCAUCAUCAUCAUUGAUAUAGAAUGUGCAAUAUCCUAUGGAUACAGAAUUCUUGCUACCGCUGCUAUGCACUUCUCAUUGUACAUACCAUAUAAGGGGUGGAUGCGGCCACGUGUGGGGGUUUGCAUAUAUUAGCAUAUAUUAAUCUAUUUUUGGAAGUGAUGAACUGUGGUGCAAUAUUACGAGACGUUGGUUAUAGAGGAUGGACAAGGGGUUCGCUUUGGGAUACCUUCGGUGCCAAUAAAGAGAGUUUAGAUAUGAA